AUGUUGCGUAUAUGCGUAGGUACAGAUAUUACUAUGGCCCCAUGGCUUAUGAUGUGGAUUCUGCUUAUUUUAUCAUUUGAUUUCAUAGUCGUCCACGGUUUGGGUAGGAAUUUCGAAAUAAAAUCGCUAAUAGGGAAUCAUAACAUAUAUGUGCAUAAUCCCAAAACAGUGUAUGACCUAAAGCGUAUUAUUUCUGAUGAAAUUAAUCUCCCUAUUUCACACAUUAAUAUACAUAAUGAGGGUAAAAUGUUAUCUAACAAACAAAUUAUAUCUCCAAAUGAUUCAAAGUUUGGUCUAUCCAUAUCACUACACGGGGGCAUUAAGUUAACUGUGAAAACUCUAACGGGCUCAGAUAUUACAGUGGAUGACGUUAGUGAAGAUGACACGGUGCUGACUUUGAAACAGAAGAUUUCCAAGGUGCAAAACAUGCCUAUAGAUCAUCAAAGGCUAAUUUUCAAUGGUAAAAUGUUGAAAAAUGGGAAGAAGUUAUCUGAAUACAAGAUAAAGGAUAAUGCAGUUAUACACCUUGUGCUGAGAUUGAGGGGUGGAUAUACAUAUUGA